CCCGUUUCCUCUAAAUCACGUUCGGUUCUCGCGAGAGGUUUUUAAAGCAACUUGCUAUAAUCUGUACGUAGCCUAAAUCGAAAUAUUGUUACAGGACCCAUAAAAUGUCAAUUAUGAGUUACGCGGAAAAGCACGACGAUAUUACGAAAGAUGAAUGGAUGGACAAGCUGAACAAUGUACACAUACAGAGGGCCGACAUGAACCGUCUCAUUAUGAAUUACCUGGUGACAGGUCCUAAUCAGAAAUGUCAACAAAUAACGGACAUAUCUUCCAACAGGGGUUUAAAGAGGCAGCUGAGAAGUUCCGUAUGGAGUCUGGGAUUGAGCCUAGUGUAGACCUGGACUCUCUGGAUGAGAGGAUAAAGAUCAGAGAGAUGAUCCUGAAGGGACAAAUACAGGAAGCCAUUGCACUCAUCAACAGCUUACACCCAGAACUGCUUGACACCAAUCGCUAUCUGUAUUUUCACUUGCAGCAACAGCACUUGAUUGAGUUAAUCCGGCUGCGGGAGACAGAGUCUGCGUUGGAGUUUGCUCAGACACAGCUGGCAGAGCAGGGGGAGGAGAGCAGAGAAUGCCUGUCAGAGAUGGAGAGGACGCUGGCUCUCCUGGCCUUUGAGAACCCAGAGGAAUCUCCCUUUGGGGACCUGCUUAACAUGAUGCAGCGACAGAAGGUGUGGAGUGAGGUGAACCAGGCUGUGCUGGACUAUGAGAACAGGGAGUCGACGCCCAAGCUCGCCAAGCUACUCAAGCUGCUGUUGUGGGCUCAGAAUGAGCUGGAUCAGAAGAAAGUCAAAUACCCCAAAAUGACAGACCUCAGCAGGGGCACUAUUGACGAUCCCAAGUAAAAUGACAUGCAGUGAAACUGGACUGCCACGCUCCCCUUGUCCUAUUCAAUCAGUCAACGACUGGAUGAUAACAUGAAACAUAUAUUAUAUAUACAUUUAAAUUCUUUUUUCGUGUUUCACUUAUGAGAGGACUCAAUUGAUUGUGCAAACUGUAUGUAUUGCUAUAUUUUAGGAAGUUACAACUGCUGUAAUGAUUCAAAUAUUAAGGAGUACCAACGUUCAUGGUUUAUUUCAGAGGCCACAUUUUAAUACAUGUGUUUGGUUUGUUUACAUGGAAAAACAAGUAGGAAUGACUUUUACUUGAGGAUCAUGAUCUGUUUCAUUUGAUAUUGUUUAAGCUUGAGUUGACACAAUAAGAGUCUGACUCCUGUGUUAUGGAAGGAGAGGAAUAUAUUUUGCUCUCCGUAAGUAUUUGGGCAGUGAUGCAAGAUUUGUUGUUUUAACUCCACAUUGGAUUUGAAAUGAAACAGUGAAUAUAUGGUUAAGUUGCAGUCAGCUUACAUUUGAGGGUAUUUACAUCCAUUAACAGUUUAGAAAUUACAGCCAUUUUUACAAAUAGCCGCUCCAUUUUACAGAACCAAAAGUAAUUGUAGAAAUUAGCAUUCUUAAAUAAAGUCAUCAUAUUUAGUAUUUGGUAAAAAAAUAUUUUGCAUUUGAUGGCCUAAAAUCUGCGACCUAUGUACAUCACCAGACGCUGGGUGUUGCUCUGCCAAGCUUGUACUGCAGCCAUCUUCAGAGCGUUUCAGAGCAUCUUUGCAUUAGAUCUAGUCUUCAGAUAAUUAAACGCAUUUGGAUUGAGCUCAGGUGAUUGACUUGUCAAGUCAAGAUCAUUCUACUUUUUGGCCGUGACAAUGUCCUUGGUUGCUUUAGUUGUAUGUUUGGGGUCAUUAAAUGGGUAUAUUUACUGUACAGAUACGUAGUGUAAAUAUGUUUCAAUGUGUUAGAUCACUACAGAAAUGCUCAUGCCUUGUGUAUAUUCUGUACUAUUUUUUGUAUCUGCUGCUCAUAUGUCUAUAUGUGUAAUUUUAUGUUCAGACAGUAAUAUACAAUAAGAAAUAACUCCUUCCCACAAUAACACAUUUCUUCAGGGAAACAGAUUGCAGAUAUUUAAAUAAAUAUUUUGAAAGUUUUAUUUAAAGAUGGACUACAUCUAUUUUAAACAUCGCUGAUGAAAAACGAUGUACUUUUGUGUGUUUUUUAAGCAAAAAGUUUUUGCCAUUCAAGUGUUUAUUGAUUCAGUGAAUCAUAGUCUGAUGGAUAUGUUUAAAAAAAAAAGAUAAUAAUAAUAAGGCACACAAGGGUGUAAUACAGUGGAUAUAAAAAGUCUACACACCCAUGUUAAAAUGCCAGGUUUCUGUGAUGUAAAAGAAUGAGACAAAGAUAAAUCAUGUCAGAACUUUUUCCACUUUUAAUGUGACCUAUAAUGUGAACAAUUCAAUUAAAAAACAAACUGAAAUCUUCAA